AUGUUUCUUAUAAACGAGACAUCAACCGCGGGGAUCACGAAGGACUACAACACGAGGCUCGAAGGACAAAGCGCGCGCGCGUGCCCGUCCUCGCUGCUCCACCCCGUCCUCUCCCCUUCACCGUAUAUGCGGAUCAUACAAGCAGUCAAGAGAAACCCCCAGCCUACGACGGAUAUUUCACCGGAGUGCUGGGGCGAGGGAAACGAGUCACGAGUCGGGGAACAGAGAAAUCCGCGACCGUCUGCACUUCGCGGAUUCGGUUCUACAACCCGCAAUUAG